GGAACAACGACAUAUUCUCUCCGCAUGAUUGGACAUGGGGUUGGAUGGUCUUGAUUGUUCUCCUGGCAAUGAUGGGAAAGGUAUCAAUUUCUCAGCUGCUACGGCCGGUGAUCACUAGACAUUGUAGCUUGGCUUCAGCUGGCUUAGUAUCAUUAGUAUGGGAGGGAGGGAGCUUCGAUGUGACGAGCGGCGCCCUUGGAUGGCCUAUCGAAACUUUCAAGGGCAAUGUGUUGGGGUUCCUCUGCGUUCAUAAGUCAAACUAUUGUGGUUGAUUUAAGCGAUAG